GCGCCGCUUGGACCUGGUAAAUCCUGGUAAUCUAUGGUGCCAGGGCGCGCUCCAACUUGUGCGCGACCUGGUCCGGAUCCGUGCGCAGCGCGCGUCGCCCGCGCUGCGGCAAGCAGCCGCUUCGGCGUGGGCGCGGCGCUGGUGGAGCCAGCUGUCGGUGUCGGUCCAGCAGGCCGUCGCCAGCGCGGCCUUGGGCUGUACAUAUGACAUGCAACAAGCACGACUGCUGGGAACGUACCUGCAACAAGCGCGCGACCUUGUACGAGUCACUGCGCUCGAUCCAAGCGCGUACGAAGGGCCUAUGACGCGGGACGUCUUCAGCGACAGCGAUUGGGGAGGAUGUGUCGAAACCCGACGAUCCACUGAUUGUCAUGCGGUGGUUCUGGGAGGCGCCAUUGUCGCCACAUCCACGCAGACCCAGCCGGGAUUGCCUGGACCGAAUCCUGGAGCCGGGCGCUACAGGCUUUACCUUCGUUGGGGAUGGUGGACCCCAAGCACGUUGCGGGUGCCGCCGCCCACGAAAACACACAGUGAAACUUGUGCGGGUGAAUCCGCUCACGAGCUGGAAGCCCGUAUUUCCGUUCAAGCCUACGCCGCCGGCAAUCGCGGGUAUCACUAUGGCAACACAGUCGAAAAUCUGCCGCCUCCGCUCGAGGACUUGUUCCGAGAGGAAGUGCGGGCACCUCCGCUUCGGGACCUGGAGAUCGACAGCAUCGAGCACAUCGACGAACUACCCCGGCGAGAACCCGGGGAGAUCUACUAUGCACCGUGCCGAAGGCUCGAGAACGGGGCACACAUCUUUCAGAAUUGCCCUGAACUCGAAGGCUUCAAGCGAGGAGAAACAGGAGUGUCCUACCCUGGCCGGGCCCACCUGUUGCAAAUUGAUGCCGCGCCCCUUACUGUUGGCCGCGCGCCGGGCCCUCAUGCUGACCCCGCAAGCUAUGCAGAUCGCUUUGCGGCGUCGCCCGCGCCUGCCCCUGCCCCGUGUGCCCGAAUCGCUGCGGCCCAGACCCAGGUUGUGGACAGCAAGACCACGCCCUUGCCUGCCGAGUUUCGCUGCCGUGUUUUCACAAUGCGGUCUGUGCCUGCCUUUCUUGCACCGGGCACAGCGCCUGUGGGUGUUGAAAGGUGUUGGCUGCCGAAGUCGGAGGGCGCUAAAAACGACGAGUCCCAAACGUCUGCUCAAGCAGCUCAUCCGGGGCUGCGCGCGCACCGAGCACCGGCCGUCCUUCGAGCGGCUGCCGGCCAUGGCUGGGAGCGCCGGUGGUGGAGUGCGUUGUCUGUUGCCGUGCAGCGCGCCCUGUGCAGCGCCGCGCUCGGCGAGUGGACGAUGCCCCCCCUCCCAGGGCAGGUUGAUGCACAGCCUCUAGCGACGGUGCUCGACCUCGCUGAGCACCCGGCGCCCAGUCGGCUCCCUCAGCCUUCCGUAGGUCGUCGGGCUUCCGGCCAGUAG